AUGUUUUUAAAAGAACCAAAAUGCAAUAAUAAAAGCUAUUCAUUCACUAAUUCAUACAUAAUCCCAAGAUAUGAAGCAAACAGGCCACCACAACCGAAUCUACCUGCUUCUGAUCUCCUUACAGGAAGCAGAGAAGUUUACCUAGACAUUGGUGUCCCUCUAUACGAAGCAGCCAUUAAAGGCGAUUGGAAAGCUGCUGAAGCGAUUCUUGAAAAAGACCCAAAGUUAGUACGAUCAAGUAUCACUGAAAAUCACGAAACAGCCCUUCAUGUUGCAGCAUCAGCAAAAAGAACGAAACAGUUACAAGAGUUUGUGGAAAAUUUAGUGAAUAAGAUGGAUGAAAAGGACUUAGAACUUCAAAACAACAGUUCCAAUACUGCCCUUUGUUUAGCAGCUGCAGCUGGAAAUGUUGAAAUGGUUAAGAUUAUGGUGAACAAGAACAAAAAGUUGCUUUCAAUCCCUGGUAGUCAAGCAAUGAUGCCUCUUUAUAUGGCUGCUUUAUUUGGUCAACGUGAUAUGGUGAAGUAUCUCUAUGAUAAUUCUAAAAAAUUGAUGGAUGAUGGUUGGACACCUCAAAAUCGUGGGUGGCUUCUUCUUAAAUGUGUUGAGGCUGAUCUCUUUGAUAUGGCAUUAAAAAUAGUACAAGAUCGCCAUGAGCUUGCUAGUAAUGGGAAUGUACUUGGAGUUUUGGCUCGAAAGCCGGAUGCAUUUAUUGAAACAAAGACUAAUGUAAUAUGGAGAAAAAUCAAUUCAUGUUUUGCUUCCAUUGGUUUAAAAGUGGGAGGUCCCGAAAAGGAAAACGAAGCAUUACAAUUACUAAGAAUCGUUUGGAAAGAUAUUGCGAAGAAGCCCAAAAAUCAAAUAGAUGACAUCAUCCGGGGCCCACCCGAUCCAAUCAAGCAAGAUGACAAGCUACAUUUGGGAAAGGAAGAUCAAGCUCUACAACUACUAAAAACUCAUAUCCGAACAUAUUGUCAAAAUGCCAAUUGAAAUCCAAAAAUUAGUUGGAAGUGGUGGUGGUGGGACCACGUCAAAACCAAUAACAAGGAUGCCAUCAAUGGUGAAUGUUAAAAAAACUUAUUCGUCUAGAAUACUGUUUCUUGCUGCAGAAAUGGGCAACACUAAAUUUGUGGUUGAGCUUAUUAGGCAAUACCCUGAUUUGAUAUGGAAAGUGAAUGAUAACAAUCAAAGUGUGUUUCAUAUUGCUGUGAAACAUCGUCAUGAGGGCAUAUACAAUUUAUUGUAUGAGAUUGGGUCAAUGAAGGAUUUGAUAACUCCUUUGAAAGAUCAAAAUGAAAAUAAUAUGUUGCAUUUAGUUGGGAAGAGUGCAAAGAGAAAACGACUUCAAGAUGUUUCGGGAGUUGCUUUACAAAUGCAACGUGAAUUGUUGUGGUUCAAGGAAGUAGAAGCCAUGAUCCCUCCAUCUUACAGAGAACGUAAGAACAAAGACGGUUUAACACCACACGAAUUAUUCACAAAAGAACACAAAGACCUCGUUUCACAAGGUGAGAAAUGGAUGAAAGUAACCGCUAGUCAAUGUAUGGUCGUUGCAACACUUAUAGCCACCAUAGUAUUUGCCGCCGCUUUUACAGUGCCAGGUGGAUACAACCAAUCCGAAGGUAUCCCAAUCUUCCACACAAAACCAACCUUCAUAGUUUUCGUAGUAACAGACGCCAUUUCCCUAUUCUCAUCAACAGCUUCAAUUUUAAUGUUUUUAUCUAUCCUCACGUCUCGUUAUGCUGAACGCGAUUUCUUAGAGUCGUUGCCUAAAAAACUCAUGUUGGGGUUAACAUCGCUUUUUUUGUCGAUUACAAGUAUGACGAUUGCGUUUAGUGUUAGUUUUUUUGUGCUUUACCGGAAGGGUUUGAUUUGGGUGCCGAUUGUUAUUGGGUUUUUAGCGGUUAUGCCGGUGUUUUUGUUUGCUUGGUUGCAGUAUCCGCUUUUGGCGGAUGUGAUUCAUUCGACGUAUGGGUCUAGGUAUUUGUUUAGACCUACGAAGCUUAUUUUGUACUAUAAAAACCCUAGGCAUUGAAGAAAUUGGAAUGUUGUUUAUGUGUGUAUGUAUUGGUUUUAAGUUUUAUGUUGUAAUAUGAUGGUGGUUGGGAUAAUAUAAAGAAAUGAAAACUACAAUGUUUUUUUUA